AUGUCUUGGGACUCCCCGUCGCUGUGGGUGCUGGUAGAGGAGCACGUUCCGCUCCCGGAGCGGCCCGAAGUGAAGAGGAUUCUGGGGGAGACGACGGUGGACCUGAGCCUGGAACUGCGGGCAGAGGUGGUGAUGCUACAGUCACUGCUCCGUGAGGCUCGAUCCUCCCAAGCCUCUGGCUCCCGACCCACCUCUGACCCCUCCUCCCUUCUGGCACCACCGCCCCUCCUAAGAGACCUCGUGCGCCAGGAACUGAGACAGCUACUCCUUGGUCUCCGCCAGAAGGCCAUCUGCGAGGGCAGAGACCAGACCCAGGCUUGGAUCCAGUAUAGCCCCAGGGUCCUGCGCUUUGCCCUGGAGGAGCCUGGGUGUAAUUUGCCAGAACAGGAGAUAUUCCAGAUGAGAGCUGGUGAAUCCAGCAGCAGUCAGAGGGAACUCAGCGUCAUCAAGGACCAGCUGAACGUGUCCAGCAUCGACCAGGUUGCCAGACACCUGCGGAGCCUCCUGGAGGAGGAGUGUCACACGUUGGAGAGGAUGAUCCCCAUCCUACAGCGCCGCCUGGAAGAGGAGUAUACAGGGGCAUCCCAGCCCUCUGAGGCCACCCUAGAGCCCACCCUGGCAGAGCUACGGGAACAGAAGGUGGCCAUGCAACAAGAGCUGCAGGUGCCUCUGAGGCCUUCCUGUGUCUCUUCCAGCCACAGGCAGCAGCCCGCGGGGUCCUCCAAGGGUCUCAGACCCUUGCCUUGCCUCCGUGGGGCUUCUGGAGUUUGGGCUGAGCCUCUCCGGUGCUGCCUGCCUGCCCCUCCUCUGGAGCGCUGCCCCCGACCUCGAGGCCUGACUACCACCUGCCGCUGGGGACGGAAGCUUCAGCACAGCCCUGGGAAAAGGCCAGCUUCUACUCCAAUGUCCAGUACAGCACCCCAGGCCCCAACCUGA